AUGCAGGUAGCACUGCUAUGCUUCCUGCAUUACCUAGAACACCGUCGUGGUCCAAAGUGGCAGGGAGCUGACGUCAGAAUGCUGGCCCCCUGCCUGAUGAUUGGAUGGGUGAUCCGCUUUGCCAUUCCAAUGCCUGCAGGUGUAACCGAACAGGCGUGGUCAAUGCUGGCGAUUUUCGUGUCGAUGAUCGUUGGUGUUGUCUCCGGCCCGCUGCCACCAGCAGCCGUGGCCAUUGCAGCUGUGUCCACUGCUGUCGUCACUGGCACGGUCACACUGGCUCAGGGGCUGAAGGCCUUCACAGACGAGGUUGUUUGGCUGGUGGUGAUCGCCUUCUUCUUCGCAGAUGGUUUCCACAAGACCGGGCUGGGUGAUCGCAUCGCCUUGAACGUGAUCAAGGCAGUAGGUGGCACAACGUUGGGCGUUGCCUACGGCCUGAAUUUUGUGGAGCUCCUUGUCGCUGCCGCAAUGCCUUGUUCGGCAGCACGCGCUGCAGCUGUGUUCUACCCCAUUACGCAAUCCGUUUGCAAAGCCAGCGAAUCAGAUCCACGUCAGGGAACGGAGUCUAAGUGUGGCAAGUUCCUGGUGGAGUGCUGCUACCAGGCAACUGCAACUUCGUCAUGCAUGUUUCUCACGGGCGCGGCACAGAACUACUUUGUGCUGAAAUUGGCGGCGGAGGUUGGAGUUGUGAUUGAUCAUCCUUUUCAGAGCUGGUUCAAAGCAGCGCUUGCGCCGGCUCUCGUCUCUUUUGUCAUAACGCCGCUGAUUGCCUUGCAAUUGAUGCCACCAGAGUCGCGGACAACACCCGAUGCUCCGAAGGCAGCCAGGGAUCAACUGGCGACAAUGGGCCCUGUUUCGGAUGAUGAGAAGAUCUUUGGUGCAAUAAUGCUGUGUAUGGUUGGCUUAUGGGCGACGACAUCGCUUCUUCAGAUUCCGCCCGUGGUCACAGCGCUCUGUGGCUUUGCGGGCCUUUUGCUUACCGGUGUUUUGACCUGGGAGGAUUGUGCCAGCAACAAGGCAGCAUGGAGCACAUUUGUGUCCUUCGCAUGUUUGGUUGGUCUGGCAGAGAUGCUGAAAAGUCUGGGCGUUGUGGAGUGGUCGUCUUCUGUCGUGACAUCGCACAUCGAAGCUGCCGGGCUGUCUCAGGUAAAUGCCUUCCUCAUCAUCGUUGCAGCGUACUGGGCCGUUCAUUAUCUAUUCGCUUCUCAGGUGGCACAUGUAUCCGCGCUUUUUCAGCCCUUUCUCGUCAUGCUGGUGCAGACAGGAACUCCCCCAGACGCAGCGUUCUUCGCCCUCGCUUUUGCCUCCAAUCUUUUUGCAACCCUGACGCCGUAUGCGUCUGCGCAAUCUGCGGUGAUCUUCGCUGGCCAAUACAUCCAGGCAAAUGAGUGGUACAAGGCCGGCUUGGUUUACAUGGUGGCCUACUAUAUUCAGUGGUUGAGUGUUGGUGCUGUUUGGUGGCGCCUCAUCGGAUUGCUGUAG